UUUCCUUCCCCCUCCCCCAGGAGAGCGCCCGGCUGACGUCAGCGCCCGGUGGCUUCAGCGUUCGGGGCGGCAGGUGCGGCGGGCGCUCACGUUCAUUCUUCAGUCUCGCGUCCCGCGUCCGAGUUAGGGAGACAUCGAGUGGCCGGGGCUCAGCCGGAGGAGAGGUGUUCAAUCCCACAUGAAUUACGGAAAUCCUCCACCCUACUCGGACCCAGGCCCAACCGCCCCAUAUCCACCAUAUCAACAGCAACCAGCCUAUCCUCCUGCUGGGCCUUAUCCUGUUGGGCCUUCAGGGCCAUACCCACCUCCUAAUGCAGGGUAUCCAUACCAAGGCUAUCCACAAUAUGGCUGGCAGGGUGGACCACCCCCAGAAGCUCCCAAAACCACAGUGUAUGUGGUGGAAGACCAAAGAAGGGAUGACGCAGCCCAGACUUCCUGCCUCACAGCCUGCUGGACUGCUCUCUGUUGCUGUUGCCUUUGGGACAUGCUCACUUGACCAGCCUCAACAUCGUCUUACCAGAAAGAAGGCUUUGUACCCUCAAUUGAUGGAGUUCUGAGUCCUGAUCUCUUUCUGUUGCUAUAAUAAAUGACAAGUUCUGCACAGAUAUCUCAACUACAGCAUGAUGGAAUCCUAGAUUAGUAGUGAUUUUUUUUUUGCUGUUUAAUUUAGUGAAAUGAUCUUUUUAAUGUUCAUUUUCUAAAUUUUUUUUUGUCGUACUUUAACAAAUGUGCUAAAUGAUUUUUUGGCCAAAGGCUUGAAUAUGAAAUUUAUAUUUAUCAUUUUAAAUUGUACUGUUCUUGGCAAUGGCAAAAUAUGCAACAAUACAAGCCAUUGAUGAUUUCUUUCCUAACUUCCUAAUUAUGUUUCAAUACUACCUUGUCAAUAAACUUUCCAAAAGUC